AUGGCAACUUCCAAGCCCAACUCCAUCGUCGGCGUCAAGCGAAGCGAUCCUGAUCCUGGUGUCGUCGUCAACAUGUCCAGGUCUGAGACUGUUGGUGAAAUAGAGGAGUUGCAAUAUGACACACCCCGAGGCUGGGCUUGCGUUGUCGGCGUGUUUUUGAUCGCUGUGCACACUUGGGGAAUGAGCAGCGCCUACGGAGUCUUCCUGACGUACUAUGCGACGUAUCCAUCGUUCCAGCCCACCUCCAACGUCAUGUUUGCCUACGUGGGAGGGCUCAGCAUCGCCGUUGCAUUCAUCACCAGCCCGCUCGUGGGAUACUACGUCAGUAAGGGAUACAGUCGCCCAAUCCUCUUCACUGGUGUCUUGAUCGAGGCCGGGUCUUACGUUGGUGCUUCGUUUGCCACUCGGUCAUGGCAUCUCUUCCUUACGCAGGGCUUUGGCUACGGCCUGGGCAUGGGAAUGCUUUACACGGGAUCUGUCGGCAUCAUCUCGCAGUGGUUCCGCCGUCACACUGGUUUUGCCAAUGCGCUGGGCGCCGCUGGCACCGGCGUCGGUGGCCUCGCUUACUCGCUGGGAACGAACCGCAUGCUGGAGAACCUUGGAUACGCCAUGACCAUGCGCGUCCUCGCCAUUCUGAUCUUUUGCUUCAACGGCAUAGCCGUCUUACUUCUGCGCAACCGCAACGAGCAGAUCGGUGUCAUUGCUCGGUCGCCCUUUAACUAUCGCCUUUUGACUACGCCGGGAUACCCCCUUAUCCUGGUGUACGGCUUGUGCUGCCUUUUCGGUUACAUCAUGGGCCUCUUUUCCAUGUCGUCGUACUGCACCAGCAUUGGCCUCACCGCCAGUCAAGGCUCUGUUGCAGUGGCAAUGAUGAGCGUUGGUCAAGCAAUUGGUCGUCCCGCCAUCGGCUUCCUGUGCGACAAUCUGGGCAUCUUGAAUGUCACCACUGGAGCCGCAGCCUUCUCUACCAUCCUCAAUUUCGUCAUGUGGCCGUUGGCCAAGUCUUACAGUGUCAUUCUGGUGUAUGGGCUCCUCGCUGGUACUGUGACUGGCACCUUCUAUGCCGAAGUUGCUCCCUUGACCGCUCAGGUCGUCGGACUCCGCGAGCUAGAUAGGGCGCUCUCCCUGAUUUGGUUGGUCCUGGUCAUCCCAGCUUUAUUCUCGCAGGUAGUCGCCAACUCCCUGAUCGAAAUCGACAAUGGUUCAUUUCUUCUCAGCAUCGCUUCGCAGCUUCAGACUGUCACCGACCGAGCAAUGGCUCAACCGAAGAACAUUCUGCUCCUUGUCGCCGAUGACCUCGGCCGGGAGCAGAUGGGCUGCUACGGCUGCAAGGCCAUCAAGACGCCUCACUUGGACGCCCUCUCUGCCUCCGGGACUCAGUUUGAUAUGGCCUUCACCAGCACGGCUUCUUGCAGCGGAAGCCGGACUGUCAUCUACACGGGCUUGCACACGCACGAGACCGGGAGCUAUGGACUCAACCACGAGCGCAAUGGCUUUCAGACAUUUGCAAACAUCGAAACGGCGCCCGAGGCCUUUAACAAGAUCGGCUACAAAACCGGAAUUCUUGGUAAGAUCCACGUCGGCCCCGAUGAUAGGUAUCCGUGGCAGGUGCGGGAGGAGAGUGAUUCGAGGAACGUGGCGUACAUAGCAGACAGGGCCUCUGCCUUUUUCCGUGGGGCACAGGAUGAGAGUAAGCCUUUCUUCCUUACUGUCGGCUUUGUCGAUCCGCACCGGCACAUCCCACAUCGUGGAGGCUUCGGAAACGUGGAGGGAAACCACGAUCCGAGAUUGAAGGAUCACGUUUACAAGCCCGAAGACGUUGAAGUGCCUUCCUUUCUCAGCGAUAUCCCAGAGGUUCGGCAAGAGCUGGCAGAGUACUAUCGCGCCAUCACGCGGAUGGAUCAGGGCGUCGGACUCAUCCUCGCUGCACUGGAUGCUGCGGGCCAAAGGGACAACACGCUCGUCCUGUUCCUCAGCGACAACGGCCCGCCAUUCAUCAACUCGAAGACCACCCUCUUCGAAGCGGGCGUGCGCCUCCCCUUCCUCCUCCGCGCUCCCGGGAUCAGCGCACCCGGAAGUAUCAACCCCAACCUGGUCUCCUACGUGGACAUCCUGCCAACGUUCCUCGACUGGGCCGGGCAUGGUGGAGCCAACGCGCCUGAGGGAAAGAUUCAGCGCCGUGGAAGAUCCAUCCUCAGCGUGCUCAGCAAGGACAGUCAGGACGAGGCAUGGGGUCAAGUCUUCGGCUCCCACACCUUCCACGAAAUCACGAACUACUGGCCCACGAGGUUCAUGCGGAACAGGCGCUUCAAGUACCACAGGAACGUCUGCUGGAAGCUCGACUUCCCCAUGGCAAUGGACCUGUACGCAUCACUCUCAUUCGAGGGCAUGCGAAACUCAUCGCCUCCAAUGAUCGGCAAGCGCAAGUUCAGGGACUACAUCCAGCGGCCGCCCGAGGAACUGUACGACCUGGAGAACGAUCCCCUGGAAGUGGAGAAUCUGGCGGGGAGGCCCGAGUUCCAAGACACCCUGAAGGAGAUGCGGAAAGCGCUCGAGGAGUGGCAGCUGGAAACCAGGGAUCUCUGGCUGUGGAGGGAUGGGACGGCUGUCGUCCUGUACACGGCCGACCGCUACAACUACGCGCGUGAGGGUUUGCGGAUUCCGGAUAGGUUCGAUCAGGAUGCUGAGAACCCGGGUACCCAGAACGUGGAGUUUUUCCCUUUGAAAGAGUAG